UUAUAAAUAUGAAAGAAAUUCACCGAUUUCGUUAAAAAAAACACUUGAAAAGGAUCGCGCAAAUGUCAAUUUCAAGCGCCUUAAUGUGAAAACUGUGCCUACGCGCGGUUGGACUAAUUUAAAAAAAUUUUCCGCCCACAAAUUUGGCGAAUUUCGCCCACGUUCCAGUUAACCGGGAGCAAUUUUUGACUCAAUUGUUGCAUCCGCAUCAAGGUGGGCGUGCGACAAUCGCUCCUGAUGCCUGCCGGUGCAGGCCUCUGGCGCCCACCAGCGCAACCACGCGCCCUUGCGGGCGGCCGGACGGCUUGAAGGGCGCGCGCCAAGUGCGUGUCCCGUUAUCGAGCGGGCCGGGCAUGCGCCGCCCCGUCCCGUCCUGCCGUGGCAGCAGCAGCAGCAGCAGUGGACAUUGACGGCGUUUCGAGUGCGGCAGGACAGCAGCAUGUCCGCGCGUUAGUGCGGUUKUCCCGCUCUCUGGACAGGACGCUGUGUCCCAUUUGGYCGGUGGCCACCCGCGCUCUGGACAGUGCACCACAUCCGGUUCGCCAGUGGUUUAUUUGGUUGCAGACAGUGACGAUGGGGGCGAAGGGGCGGGAGACAGCCCCACAAUGAGCCCCAAUAGCCGGCGGGGCUGCGUGCGGCCGCCCCAUUUCGACAUACUAUGGCUGCCAAGGGCGGCGAUCCGAUCGGUGGAGGGCGACCCGUCCGACUGCAUUCUGGUGGUGGGGGUGUCGCGGCCUCGGAUGGCGCUCGCCGUCCUGCUCAUCACGCUGCUCUCCUUGUUCCUCACCGUGCAUCUGAUCUAUGACAGCGCGCUGAGCAGCCUCCAUCAGCAGGGGGCGGCGCCGCCCACGCGGCCCCCCUUCUACCUGUUGCCGCGCAAGCUGCUGGCGCGCCCCACCAGACGGCUGCCGCAGGCGAUCAUCAUGGGCGUGCGCAAGUGCGGCACGAGGGCGCUGCUGGAGAUGCUCUACCUGCAUCCGGCCGUGCAAAAGGCGGCCGGCGAGGUGCAUUUCUUCGACCGGGACGAGAACUACUACAAAGGGCUGGAGUGGUACCGGCAGCAGAUGCCCCACUCGCGCGCCGGCCAGGUGACCAUCGAGAAGAGCCCCAGCUACUUUGUGACGCCCGAGGUUCCGGAGCGCAUUCGCGCCAUGAACGCCAGCAUCAAGCUCCUGCUGAUAGUGCGGGAGCCGGUGACGCGCGCCAUCUCCGACUACACGCAGCUGCGCGCCAACGCGGCAACCAUGGCGCCCACGGCGCCCACUCUCGGCCCAGUGCGCAGCUUCGAGCAGCUGGCGCUGCACCGCAACGGCACCGUCAACGAGUCGUACCGCCCGCUCGCCAUCUCUGUCUAUCACCGCUUCCUGCAUCGCUGGCUCGAGGUGUUCCCACGCGAGCAACUGCUGGUGGUGAACGGCGACCAGCUGAUCGACGAUCCGCUGCCGCAGCUGCAGCGCAUCGAGCGCUUCCUCGGGCUCGAGCCGCGCAUCAGCGCCCACAACUUCUACUUCAACGAGACGAAGGGAUUCUUCUGUCUGCGCAACGAGACGGCCGAUCGGUGUCUGCGCGAGACCAAAGGGCGGCGCCACCCGCGCGUCAGCCCGCACGUCGUGGCGCAGCUGCGCGCCUACUUCGACGAGCACAAUCAAAAGUUCUACGAGCUGAUUGGCGAGGAUCUGGCGUGGCCGAGCGACUAGCCCCGCCCACUCCAUGGGCGUGCGCAUCAUGCUCAAGCGCGCGCCACGUGGACUUACCUGCGCGGCACCCAGCAGCUUCUUGAUCACAUUGAUCAGUGCCUUAAGUAGGUGGAGUGGGGGGCGCGCGCGCCCAUUCAAACCAAACCGGUAAGCAAUAGCACGCAAGUGUCCGCUGUUUAAUUACCUGCAUAUCAAAUCUUAACCAUACAUAUCAAAGGUGUGAUGAUUGUACAUUGUAAGUAGGCUUAGGGAAUUUUAUAUGUCUAUGCAUAGACCAGGCAGUGUUGCCAGUGCUUGGGGGUUUUUCGCAUUUUUUAGGAAAAUUAUCGCCCCCCGGGGGGCGGAACCUUGUGAUCGUUAUCAUUGACACUAGUUGAUAAAUCUAUAUUUAUAUAAAUAUUUAUAUGUAUAUUGUAUAGUGGGGCUGCAAUGCGAGCGAAAGUGGGCGUUAUAUUUAAAUAAAUUUAUAAAUGUAUAUAUACAGAGUGCGCGGGUUGUUUGCGGGCGAUUCGAAACAUAUCAAGCCUGCCUCGGGGAUGCCGUCAUAGGGCCCGCGAACGGCCCGCCCACUCUCUCCAUCCUACUCUACUUCACUUUACUCUACGUGUCCGUGUCUCUUGUCCUUGUUCAACCAAACCCUGUCAACUGGUCACCUAUACACAAACGCGCUGUUAGAAGUUAGGUUUUUGGGUUUGUACAAAGUUUUCAGUAGAUCAGUAGAAAACAUGGGCGCAGUCAAUUUAAUUUAAUCGAAUCAAUCGAUUAUUUAAUCGACCCUCACAGCUCGCGCCCUGUGCGUACGGCGCCCUCUCACGGGCCACGGUCUUGUCGACGUGGCACUGUCAUCGGUGACAUCGCUCGGGUGAUUGACCCCAUUGAGUGCCAAAAAACCGGUAAAAUCCCCUGAUGGGGCUCCGAAUCCAGUGCGGAGUGCUCAAGGGGGCCCUCGGGACCCCCUUGAGCGUAAAUUCCAGUGCGCACCCGGUGAAAUUUCCGUUUUAAGCGCCUGGCGGCUGUUUGGGCCUACGUUGUUGCCAUCCAGGCUGGAAGCGUUCCGUAGUGCGGGGCCCCCCACGGGGGCUGCCGGCGAUCAGUAGGCUGGAAGCCCUGCGGCCUUGAAAGGGCCGGUUUUGCGGGCGCUAGCUGCGCAAGUGAGGUUAGGUGUCUGCUAGCUGCCAGCUGCAGAGGCCGACACAAGGGGGCCCCCGAUACUUGAAGUUGCGCUGGUGAGUACCGAUUGCUGUCAAUCUCAAACUUAACCGUUCAUUUCAAACUUGUGAUGAUUCUACAUUGGGUUCAGGGAAUUUUGUUUGUCUAUGCAUUGGUGGUUUUUUCGCAUUUUUUAGGAAAAAAACCUUGUGAUCGAUGUUGAUGAAUCUAUAUUCAUGUAGUGGGGCAAAUAUUGCGUACACACAGCGCGCGGGUUGUUUGGGGACGAUUCGCAACAUAUCAAGCCUGCCUCGUGCAUGGCGUCAUAAGGCCCGCCCUCUAUCUCCAUCCCACUCUACGUGUCUUGUAUCCUUGUUCAACCGAAUCCUGUCAACUGGUCACUCCACCCAAACCCGCUAGUUAGAGGUUAGGUUUUGGGUUUGUACAAACUUUUUAGCGGAUUUAUACACUGUUGAAGCCCCCACUUUGAGCCCGAGGGCCAGUGGGGCAACACCGCAAUAAUUUUGUUAAAUUUACCAAAAAAUGUGUAAUUUGCCGAGGCCGAAUAAAGAUGAAAGUCAAACUGG